AUGGCGUCGUCCAACAAGGCCUGCGCCGCCGCCCUCCUCCUGCUACUGGCCCUCGUCGCGGCCACGGCGGCCGACGCGGCAAAGAGCAUCGCGUCGGAGCCCACCGUCACCCCGUGGACGGCGGAGGUGGACGAGUCGGCGACGUGCAUGGGGUCGCUGCUGGCGCUGAGCCCGUGCCUGCCCUUCUUCAGGGACGCGGGCACGUCCAAGGCGCCGGCGGGGUGCUGCGAGGGUCUGGGCGACAUCGUCCAAGACCAGCCGGCGUGCCUGUGCCACAUCUUCAACCACACCCUGGAGCGGGCCAUCGGCGUCGACAUCCCCGUCGACCGCGCGCUCGGCCUCCUCAGCAACGUCUGCGGCCGCACCCCGCCGGAGGACCUCAUGACCAGUUGCGGCGACGGCGUCCCCGUGCCGCCGCUUUACAUGUGCCCGGCGCCCUCGGCCUGA